CUUCACACCUAGGAGCGGCGGCAAUUUUUGGUGUUUUGUUAAGCGCACUUUUGGAACUUGGUCUGCUUUUCAACCGCAAGAGCCGGUUGGGAGCUAAAACCUUACAGCUAUGCAGCAUCUCUCCUUAAGGAACGAAGGUGUCACUGUCAGGCCUGGUGGCCUCCGGGAUCGUCGAAUACGCUUGGGGCUUGCGCUGCGCAAGGGCCCUGGACCAUGCCGGGGCGCCCCGCCACCGCUGCGAGUGGCACAGGUUGAGCCGCAGGUGACUAUUGCGAAACCACCCGAACAAGCCACCUCCCUAAAUUCAAGCCGGGGACGGCCGCCAUACACAAGGCUGAACGCGGAAGCUCCGUGCACGCUCUGUGACAUUUGGGCUUGCAACGCCGAAGUGUAUGGCGAACUCCUGGCUGUUCGCGACCCGCACCAAGAUGGGAGCCCAGAAAUGACGUUCAGGCAACUGUACGACACCAUGCAAGACUUUGCUGCCGGCCUGACCGACCUGGGCCUCCGCCAGUACGACAAGGUGGCCCUCUUCAGCGAGAACUCCAAUCGCUGGCUGGUCUCCGACGGCGCCGUCAUGAGCUGCGGUGCCGCGGUGGCGGUGCGGGGCGCCACAGCCCCUUCCGAGGAGCUGCUCUACAUCUGCGGGCACAGCGAGGCGACGGGGCUGCUGGUGCAGGACGGGGCGGCGCUGAGCAGGAUCACGAAGGCGGCUGCGGAACAUGAGCAGAAGCAGGAGGGCAACCCGCUUGCGGCGCUCCGCUUCGUGGUAGUGCUGUGGGGCGAGGUGACACCCGCGCAGACGGAGGGGCUGCGUUGCCCCGUGCUGUCGUACAGCUCAGUGCUGGAGAACGGUGCGGCGGUACGGCGGAGCGGCGGGUUCAAGCCGGCUGACGUGGCGCCGGGUGACCUGGCCUCUCUGGUGUACACGUCGGGAACCACGGGCCACCCGAAAGGCGUCAUGCUGACGCAUGCUAACCUGACGUAUCAGGUCCGAAACCUUUCGUACUUCCUCUCCGUACAACCUGGUGACCGGGUGUUGAGCCUUCUGCCGCCCUGGCACAUCUACGAGCGCGCGGCUUCCUACUUUGUGUUCAGCCGAGGAGGACACCAGGUGUACACCAACAUCCGGCGGCUGCGUGACGACCUGAGCUCCUACCCGCCCGACCACUUUGUGUGCGUGCCGCUGGUACUGGACACCCUGCACUCGCGGGUGCGGCAGCGGCUGGCGGCGGGGCCCAGGCACCGGGCAGCCAUCGCCUCGGCGCUGCUGGCGGCCGGAGUCGCGUACGUGCGCGCCAGGCGGAUCGUGAAGGGCAUCUCCCUGCAGCAUGCGCUGCCGGCUGGGAAUGAUGAAGAGGGUGCGGAGGCGGCGGCUGGAGCCGGGAAGGGAAGCGGGGCUGGUGGUGGUGUGCUGGCGUUGCUGCGGCGUUUCUCGCAGGUGGUGGGUGCGGCGGUGCUGAUGGCGCUGCUGGCGCCCCUGCAUGCGCUGGCGGGGGUGCUGGUGUACGGAAAGAUCCGCGCCGCUCUGGGGGUGCGCAAGAAUGUGAUCAGCGGAGGGGGCUCCCUGGCGGCGCACCUAGACGAUUUCUACGAGGCCCUCGGGCUGCCCGUGCUCAACGGCUGGGGACUCACCGAGACGUCGCCUGUGCUGGCGUGCAGGCGGGCGCAGCCGCCCGAGCAGAACAUCCGUGGCACUGUGGGCCUGCCCACUCCCGGCACGGAGAUCCGGGUGGUCGACCCGGAGACGCUGCAGCCACUGCCGGCGGGGCGGAAGGGGCUGCUUCUGGCGCGAGGGCCUGGGGUGAUGAAGGGUUAUUACCGCGACCAGGACGCCACGCAGCGGGCCUUCAGGGCAGGGGACGGCUGGUUCGAUACGGGUGACCUGGGCUUUAUCGUGCCCUCUGGCGUGCCCUUCUCCCGCUGCGGCGGCAUGAUUGUGCUGAGCGGUCGCGCCAAGGACACGAUUGUGCUGAGCAGCGGCAAGAACGUGGAGCCGCAGCCCAUCGAGGAUGCGGUGGUGGCCAGCAGGCUGGUCAAGCACAUGGUGCUACUGGGGCAGGACAAGCGCGAGUUGGGAGCGCUGGUGUGGCCGGAUGAGGAGCAGAUUCUGGGUGGUGGUGGCGGUGCCGACGGUAGCGGGGCCCCGGCUGAAGGAGCUGAGGGGCGUGUCGCCAUUUCGGACGAGCAGCUGGAGUCGCGGCUGAUGGAGGAGGUCACCAGGUUGAACGCUGCUCGCCCCGACUACGCGCCCUUCCAGCACGUGGCGCACAUCACCGUGGUGCGCACCCCGCUUAGUGUGGAGGGCGGCACGCUGACACGAACCAUGAAGCCCCGGCGGCCCGAGAUCAUGAGGGUGCAUGCGGAGGAGGUGGAGCGGCUGAUGGGCAGGCUGCGGGGCUGAGGAUGCGGGAGGUUGGUAAGGAGGAGGAGGUGGAGAGAGGUGAGGUGCGCAGCGGCGGGAGUUGUGCUUGCGUGAGAGGCGAGGAGCGACGCGAUUUGGGUCGCUUAAGUUGUAUGAUUUGGUGGGGAGAUGGAUGAGUUUUGUGGAGUGAAAGGUGUAUGGAGUGGCGUGGAGUGUUGCUGGAUGUGCGUUGAUCGUGGAGUGGAGUGUUGAUGGUGAGGUUGAUGGUACCGUAAUAGACGCAUUUGUAAUAGUAGUAGUAGUAGUAGUUACAUGCUUCGUAUUUCGUAUGUUUCUAUCGAGUAAACGGGCGAAUAAUCGUAUGAGUGGCAUGGGUUGGAUGCUGCAGAACCCCUAUACCUAUACAUGUGAGUGCGAGUGUCGGUUUGCGUCCAUCAGCUUUAUUAUAAGUGAGGACUGGUGAUGAACCAUGGGUCACGGACGCGCAUUGCGAUCCGUUUUCUGGCAACUGGGUCGAAUUGGGCCUCCAUUGACUCGGCUACAUGGGAGGUGAUGCAUGCGGAAUGGCAUGGCAUUCGGCAUUCCGUAGCUUCUGGGCCGAGCCAUGUAUGCUGUUAUCAUGCACAAUUCUUACCUUAAUACCCUAUCAUGUAUGCCCAUGAGCUGCGGUAUUUCAAAUGCAGCUGUCCCUGUCUGGCUUCUUCCAUUGUCGUUGAGGAGACCGAGUGGUUUGCUGUUUGUACUGUGUUGGUGUCUGCACAAGGCAUGCCGCGAACCUGCUCAAAUGCGGAAAGGCGGUUUGUUGGAAAGGCUAUGGGUCCGAAUUGGCUGGAGUUUUGUACGCGCACGUGCUUUGCUGUUUGUGCUUUGUCCUUUAUGCUGUACGCCAAAAGCUGCCGUGUACCUUAGUAUCGUUCUUAGUAGCAAGGGUUGUUGUAUACCGGUAUGAUGUCAUGCCAUUCUUCUGCCUAACACUGCUCAUGCUUGUGUUUUGUUGUCUGCCUGUGCGAGGGAUCUGGAGUGUCGCGAGACUGUGCUGUGGGGUAGGUUGCAUCGGUAUUGUGAGUUUCGUUGUUCAUAUUUUGAUACGUGCUUGGGUACCGGUAUUGGGUAGGCCAGAAUAAUUCUUUGAAGUAUAAGCGAAUACGCUAUUUUGGGUUCCAUAGUAGGGACUCCACG